AUGAGAAAAAACAACAGCGUGCAUGGAUCAACAGUUCAGCACCUGACUGAAGCUGCAGUGAACUGCACGCUGUCGCAAAAUGGAACUGAGAGUUCAGCAAUGUAUCUUGACGCAGUCACUGAACUUGCAGGUGUGCACCUCUUCUGUUCUCCGCGGCAAGGCUUUCCACGCUCAUUUUGGUCGGCCAUCAUCAGAUCAGAAGCCAACGGCAACGGCGUGGCAUCGCCAGACAUGGUCAGCAAGCAUAGCAAGGAGGAGCUCAUUGCUUUCUUCAGAGACAUUCAGACCUCCAUUGCCGAGAGCUCGCCUAAAGCUUCCAAGAGGACGAGGAAGCAGCCACCUGAUCCGUUAAAAGAGGUCCACAGGAGGGAGCAGUCACACUGUAUGUCCAAGCCGAACGAUGCUGGAGUUGAAUUCUUUUCUAAAAUGGGCGUAUUACAGCUCAUUAGUCCUCCUGCAAGCACAUGCUGUUUGUUUUCUAACUCUAGAUCAUACAUGCUUUUUAUCAUGUUGUGA